UUGUUCCAUGGAGAGUUUGACAUCUCGAAUAGGAGUAGUCUGACCCUAUGUGGUAGUUAGAAACACACAAGUUGAUGUAAUCUUGGUCUGUUGGAACCUACAGACUAUUGAAUCACCCUAAUAUAGCAUAUCUGUAUAUAUACGGUGGCUAGAGCUGGAAAAGAUGAUUGAGAGAGCAAUAGAGACAGAUAAUACCUCUAUCGUUAUGCCCAUUGUGAGCGAUGGUCACCAAGACUGUAUAUUGUGAGAACGAAGCGUGGUCAAUCAAUUGGAAUUCAAGAGAGACUGGGUCAGUGCAGGAGUGAUUGACAAUCAAGUCUUCCGUGGUCUAUGUCCAGUCUACGCAAAUUAUCGACGCUAUUUUGAGCCGUUGGCAUGUACACAAGUACAUGAAAGGUCUGGAUUGAUGCUAAUAUAAUUUUCUUUCUACUGCAAAUUUGAGAGGCAGGAAUCUGUGAAUGAACAAAGUGGCUACUUUUUGGGGGUCGAUUUAUCAGUAGAAUGGUACCUGUGUUUCAUCCUCCUUUGGGACGCCUACCAUGGGUGCAGACUAGAAGUUGUGAAUGCUAGAGUCUCACUGCUUUCUCCUGUACAUUAACAAUUUAUUGGGCUGGGAGCUACAUCUAUAUAUUGAUUCACAUUGCUUGUUUUUUAUCGAUCUCAAAGAGGACUGAUUCUCUUCCUAAACAUAGAUACCAGGCUCAUUAAAUUUGGACCGCAUGCCUCCGAAAAUCGUCUGUCUGGUGUGGAACUGACAGUUCAUUCAUGGGCUCUUCUUCCAAGGGUGUACAGACUUUUAGGAUCCCUAUCGCAUUGAAAUCAAGUACAGCAAAUUAUUGGCAGAAAAAUUAAGGCCUCAUGAUGUUGCAGCAAAAGGAGUUGGAGAAGGCAAAGAAACAGGCCAAAGAGGCAGCUUUACUUCAACAGUGUAAAAAUUCUAUAGAGGAAGACAGGAGGUCUGCCAGUAAAGAGAGAAAAUCCAAGGCCAAAGCUUCCGUCACCACCCCACCCACCCCUUCAUCCAAUGUCCCCUCCAGCCCUAUCAGAACGCCCUCCAAGUCGCGGCGAUUCCACCCCAACCUGUCGCCGGUCAGUCGUACCCCCACAAACACAGAGCUACUGGACCGCGACCCCUCCUGGAGCAUGCCCGAGGGGGAGAAGCUCCAGUGGCACCAGAAGCAGCUGUACCAGGUGCUGGGUAAAGGGGCCGACUACUUCCUGCACCCCAAGAUAGAGAAGAAGGCUGUUAAGCCCAUCAACAGCAAGCUCAGGAAGGAAGGAGGAAAACGCAGAAAGCGGGAGAGUUCCGAGAUGUCCUUUGAUUCCCUAGGUCGAGCUGGGGUGGACAGACUGUUGAAGACCCUGAGGGACGAGUCCCAGAUCAGACUGCUGAAGGCCGACGCCCACAUACCCCAGGAGCUGAAGGACACCUUUGGAGCCUUUGUGAGGGAGAGUGUCGGCAAGGACCGCCCACCAGUCAGGAGGUUUUUCUGUCCACAAGAAGACGUUCCAGAGUUGGCUCGCCUACAAGACCAUUCAAAGACUGCUCGCGUGCGCCAUUACAAGCACAGAGUAGACCUAAUGUACCGGGCCUCCAGGAACAAUGAGGACCGCACCAACAUCCUGAUCCACAACAACCCACCCCCUGAGGUGGCUUCCCUUGAUACUGACCAGGACGGGGUGGGGCGUUACCUCCCCUCAUGGAUGGACGAUAGAGCAGAAUCUGAGCCAGAUUACAUGAAAUGGGUGAAGGAAGGAGGAAACACCCACCGUGACCUCACCAGCCAGCCAAUCAAAGAAGACGAUGAGGACUGGCAGAAACCAGAGGAAGACUUGGGUGGUGAGGGAUUCACAGAUGAGGUCAUCCUCCAGAUGAGUCGCCGGAAACACCGUCAUCCACAGCCUAAGUACAUCUUCAUGAAGGAGGAGGACACGAACGUCAAGGGAACCUUUACAGACAAGUUCCGAGACAUGUAUGACAACGCAGACAUCCCGCGACCUUUCAACGCGACCAAGCUGCCGACCCCCACCAAAUCCAAGUCUGUGCUGGGUCUGACGACGGAGGACUUGGUAGAGGACAGGACUUCCUGUCAGUCCGCCCCGGUCCCCGAGAGGCAUCGACGUUACUACGACUACAUCUCUCAAUGGGAGCCUCUCAGCAUGAACGCACUGAUCGAGUACACGCAGAAGAAAGAGGCGGAGGGAGUCGGAGAGUACAACCAGGGUCGACCCAAAAUGUGGUCCACGCAGGUCAAGGUCACAUGACCCGCCUGAGCCAAUGGUUGACGAUUAAAGACUGUAGCUGUGAUACAUAAAAGACUUGUGAUAUAAUGAUAAUAAUUGUGUGAAAUUAGAUUUUAUACAUAAUCAUGAUUAUAUAAUUUGUUUUUACAAAUAUAUUAUCUUUACUGAGUUUAAUUCUCUAUCUUGUUUGAAAAAAACAUUCAGUAGAUUUUUCGACAAUAUUUAUAUAAUAAGUAUAUGUAAACUAUGGAUCUGUUUAUUUAAUGAUCAGACUUGAUUUGAUUCAGUAUUAUUUUUGAGAGUGUUGAUGAAAUAUUGUAAGUGAUAUUUGUUGAUUUAAUAACUCUAUUUUUCUUGUCCGUCCAGGUGAAUGGAUUUUUACUGUUUAUAUAUUUCUUGUGCUUUUACAAGAUUCAUUAAAUUUUGUUACAAUUGA